GAAGAGUUAGUCACAAAAACAUGGCUGCACUAAACUUGGUGGUACUAAUCACCAACGUGGUAACACUUGGGGCAUUCACGGCCCCAUCGGCCGCUCAAAACCAGCCCACUGUUACCGUACAACAAGGCAUUCUUGUCGGCACCACUGAGACUUUCCAGGAGUCCCUGUUCAUUAACGUGAACAAGACCAUCGAUGUCUUCAAGGGGAUACCGUUCGCUGAGCCGCCUGUGGGCCAGCUGCGAUUCAGGCCUCCGGUGGCUAAGGGGCCGUGGGACGGUACGUACGACGCCACGUACUUCAGAGACGCCUGCGUGCAGGAUCCAUCAGACGUGGCCGGUGCACCUGUAAGCGAAGACUGUCUGCAUCUCAACAUCUUCGCACCGAAACCAGCCGUGCCAGGGGGCGCUGCUGUUAUGGUCUGGAUACACGGCGGUGGUUUCGUGCAGGGAUCAGGCGUUGAAUCGAUCUAUCGUGGGCAGGCAUUGGCUGCUUUAGGUGACGUCAUCGUUGUCACCAUCAAUUAUCGUCUGAAUGUAUUUGGCUUUCUGACAACAGAUGAUGAAGCUUUACCGGGCAAUAUUGGACUAAUGGAUCAAGCCCAUGCAUUAGAAUGGAUCAAGGAAAACAUUGAUGCUUUCGGUGGAAACAACUCCAGUAUCACUAUCUUCGGUGAAAGUGCAGGAUCUGCUAGUGUCGGUAGUCACCUGCUGUCUGAACGCUCCCAGGGUUUGUUCAACCGAGCUAUAAUGGAGAGUGGCACAUUGAUGUCGCCGUGGGCUUUUUCUGACGACAAAGACAUGCUUCGUAAGCAGGCGUUCGACAUAGGCAAGAGGCUUGGUUGUAGCAACUCUGAGAGCGAGGCCCUGGUAAAGUGCCUGAGAGACAAGGACGCACGGGAUCUCUACGAAGCGGCAGAUGCAUUGAACUUCCUUGGUCCGGUUGUAGUUGACGGGACCUUUCUAGUGGACACACCGAUAAAUCUCUACGCUACCGGGCGGUACAAUCACGUUGACCUUCUAAUAGGAACAAACAGAGAUGAAGGAACCAUGUUUCUCCUUAUUAGUCCUCGAUUCAUCGAUUACUUAAACUCAAAGAAUCCUCCAAAAGUGAGCAGGAGGGAGUUUGAUGAACUUCUUGCUAGUGACAUCUAUCUCGGUGCAAGCCCACAAAUUCAGGACGCAAUACGAAUGCAGUACAUAGACUGGUCCCAAGCUGACUACGAUGAUCACGAUUACUUCCGGUCCUAUGUGGACUUUGGGACCGACUACCACUUCGCUUGUGGAACCGAUCAAGUGGCACGCUUCCAUUUCCAGGGGGGCGACAACGUCUUCUUGUAUCAGAUGACACACGUACCAAGCGUGUCGCUGUUCAACUUAGGAGGAGGUGGCCCCGGCUGGUUUGGUUGCGGCCACGCUGAAGAUAUAUCAUUUGUCUUUGGUCUUCCCUUCCUUCCGGAAACGGCAGCAUUGUACUCCAAUUUCACGGACGAAGAAAGAGCACUCUCGGUCGAGUUCAUGAAGUUCUGGACCACUUUUGCUAAGACAGGUAUUCCCAACAAAAAUGCACAGGGCUCCAAUUCAUCGUCUCAGCGAGAUUUCUGGCCUCGGUUCACCGUCCCUGAGUUAGAGUACAAGGUGCUCAACUUGAAUCUGACCACAUCCAGAGCACUCAAGAGCGACUACUGCCACUUCUGGAACACCUACGUGCCGCAGCUCCAAACCAUGCUCGCUGACAUGGACGUUGCGGAGCGUGAAUGGAGACAAGCUUUCAGCACCUGGAAGUACACAGACAUGGCGGAUUGGAGGAAGGAAUUCAGCGAGUAUAAAACAGUCAAUGUGAAUUGAUAUGGAAGUACAAACGGAAAUAAUUUCUUUAAUUGUCCGAGGCUGUACUUCUUUAUAAAUAGAUUUUUCUCUCUCCCCUCAAAUACUUUUUAUUUAACAAACGCACUUAUUUUUGUCUGUAUUCAGAAAUAAACGAUUUAAAAUAUAAAGGUUAAUUUUCUGUUUUUAAAAUUGUAAAAACUGAAAUGAUUACCAUCCUAAACUCUUCCCCAUUACAAAUGAGCAAAAAAAGCUCUGCUGGGAAGAAUGACGUUUGUAUUAUAUCUAUAUCAAUCAUAGCCAAGAAAUUAAAUUAAUGAAACAAAUUCCAAGGAUAAAUUCUGACCCAAGUUGGUCUUCACCACAUGUUUACUAAGCUACGCAGUGUCUUGCUAGAAUGACAUCACAGCAAUGACGCCCUCAGUUGUCCCACAAGUAAGAAAAUUAUGCGUGAUGAUGGUGCACUUACAGUGAAUUGAAAUUGACGUCAAAUAGUUUCCAUACAUUUAUGAGUAGACAUACAGGAUGUGUUUCUAUAAAAUACAGUUCCUUGCAUCGACCUUGUCAAUAAAUGUACUUAUUUUUGUGCGCUGAAUUGUUCA